AUGGGGUUAUAUCGGCAUUUUGAGAUUCCUCUUCCACCCCAUGCUCACCAUAUUAAGAUCAUGUCUGAGUUGGAUGUGAGUGCUUUUAGCAAGGUCAAAUCUAUACGAGCUUUAUCUAGGAAUGCUGGCACGGGUGCAGCUGCAUCUUCAUCUUCUCUUCUUGAGGAUACUACGCUUUUUUCAACUAAGCAAGCGUUUAACACUCUGGAUGCCAAUUUGCUCUAUUCAUUGACUCUUCAGAAUCAACAAGCCUUGAUAGAUGUUGUUCGUGAUCUUCAAGAGGAUGUUAGAUCAACCCCUCCAGAUCCGUCACUUAUGGCUGACGAUGAUAAAGAUGAGGAUAACGAGUCAGACGAUGAUGCAGAGGAUGAUGAGGAUAUUAGUGGGAGUGAUACUGAUGAUGAUGAGGAGAUUCCGAUAUCUACAGUUCUGUUUGCUGGAGAUGAUCCAGAUGCUUGA